AGGAGCGGGGCAGGCGAGACGAGGACAUGAGGCGAGACGCGACGGCGACGUGCCAACUCCCCCCCGCCCGCGCGCAGAAAGCGUGGGCAUGAUUGGUGGCAGGCAGGCGCCGCUGCUCCUGCUUCUACUUGAAAGUGCCCAGACAGUUCAUAUCCCAGCGUCACUCACCAGCACCACGAGCAAACCAAAUCAACGCCGGUUUGGUUUGGUUUUGGUUGGGGUCGGCGGUCGGCCGGGCUCGAAGCUCUCUCGCUCCUCGGCUUGCUUUUAUACGAGAGGGAGCAGCUCUCCCUUCUCCCCUGCAAUCUGCUGACUGCUGAAAGAGAGUUUGAGAGGGAGACCAGGGAGGAAGAAGAAGAGCAAGAAUAGAGUGAGGGUUGGUUGGAGAUGUCGGACUGGGGGCCGGUGGUGGUGGCGGUGGUGCUGUUCGUGCUGCUCUCGCCGGGGCUGCUGCUGCAGCUGCCGGCCAAGGGCGGCCGCUUCGUCGAGUUCGGCAACUUCCAGACCAGCGGCGCCUCCAUCUUCGUCCACGCCAUCAUCUUCUUCGCCCUCACCGCCGUCUUCCUCAUCGCCAUCGGGGUCCACAUCACCACCGACUAGCUGCCCCCAGCCGGGAUGUCAUGGCACUACAACUACUACCGGCCUAGUGAGGACCAGUUUGUACGAUACGACAGCCUUAUGUGAAUCAGUAUUUGCAAAUUGUAAUUGUACUGUACCCCUCUUGCUAGCAGUCAAGCCCUUUUUAUAUGCACAGAUUGUAAUCUUAUCAGAGUGAAUCCAAUAUGUACACUAGCCACUGAA